UGUGUGUAUACAUAUAUCAGGUUAAGUGUUACUUAAUUUAAUUCGGUUCUUCUUCCUUUUCUGGUAUUCUCUGGUUUCAAUUCGUUCACCUUCCCCUUCGUUCUUUCAAAUGGAGGCCAAGCUCUUGAGACCCACGCCCUCUGCUCCUUCCCUUUUCUCUACUUCGAAAGCCAAUUACGCUUUUGACUUCCCAAGACACAACACUUCCUUCCUUGUUAACCCCGCUACCAAUUUUGGUGGAAAACGCUUUAUUUCUCCGAAGGCAUUUGCGGUUUCGGCUGGAUCAACGCCAGCAAAGAAAAGAAUUGAUGUAAGUGAAAAUUUGACUCUAGAUCAUAUACGGCGUUCUUUAAUUCGUCAAGAGGAUAGCAUAAUUUUUAGCCUUUUGGAGCGAGCGCAAUAUUGCUAUAAUUCAGAUACAUAUGAUCCUGACGCCAUCUUCAUUGAUGGAUUCCGCGGAUCUUUGGUUCAAUACAUAUUGAUGGAAACUGAGAAGCUUCAUGCUCAAGUGGGUAGAUACAAGAGCCCGGAUGAGCAUCCAUUUUUCCCUGAUGGCUUACCUGAACCAAUGUUACCACCUUUGCAUUACCCUAAGGUAUUGCAUCCUGUUGCUGAUACGAUUAAUAUAAAUGAUAGAGUAUGGAAAGUAUACUUUACAGAUCUCAUCCCACGGCUAGUCACAGAAGGAGAUGAUGGUAAUUGUGGAUCUACUGCUGUUUGUGAUACAAUGUGCUUGCAGGCUCUCUCAAAGAGAAUACAUUAUGGAAAAUUUGUGGCGGAGGCUAAGUUUCAAGCCGCUCCAGAUGAAUAUAAAAAGGCUAUUAUAGCGCAGGACAAAGAUCAGCUGAUGGGUCUGCUAACAUUUUCUGAUGUUGAAGAGACAAUAAAAAGGAGAGUAGAAGAGAAGACCAAGACUUAUGGGAUGGAGGUGCCUCUAAACAGUAAAGGGCAUGACACCGAACCAGUCUACAAAAUCAAACCAAGCUUGGUUGCUGAUCUUUAUGGUGAUUGGAUCAUGCCUCUGACAAAGGAAGUUCAGGUUGCCUACUUGUUGAGAAGAUUGGACUGAACAGCACUUGUGUGAUGGAUUGCAGAGAGGAUAUUCGUCGUUCCUCUAUGUAAACGAAGGUUCCCUUGUAUUCAACAUUGUUAAAGCUGGAUCAAUCGUUGGGCCAGUAAAAAUAUUUCUUCCCAAUUGAUUGCUCUUACCAUAGUGGAAUGGGAGAUGGAACUGGUGAUAAUUCAAUAUGUUUCAACCCUAAAUUUCAUACAAAUAUUCAUAUAUGAAGUGUUUUGUGCACUGGUUACACUAA